GAGGAGAGGAGAGGAGAGGAGAGGAGGACCCUCGCUCGCUCCAUUUAAAGCGUGUUUGUGUGGCUCGCUGCUCGCCUCUCGCCCGCGCCCGCAAGCACAGUCACACGCUCGUCUCUGGUCGGCUCGCUGCCGCGGCUUGCCUCAGAUCCUUAUCUCCUCGCCGCUUUGGGGCCAUUUGUUGCGCGGAUGGGGUCCGGGGUGCAGCGGGUGCAGUCGGAGGCGGCAGCGAACCGGACGUGAUCCGGGCCAUGGGGUAGAGCGCUGCGGGCGGGCGGUCGGGCAUGGAGGUGUCCCGUGGCGGUGCUGCCGCCGCCGGCGGCGGAGGGGCGCGGAGGGGGGAGGAGGAGGGAGGAGAGGUGAGCCUGCGGGAGUGGCUGGACCGGCCGGGCCGGGCCGUGGAGGCGCCCGAGUGCCUGCACGUCUUCCGCCAGGUGGCCGAGGCGGUGGCCGACGCGCACGCGCAGGGCGUGGCCGUCGGCAGCGGCCGCCCUUCCUGCUUCGUCGUGUCCCCGCCCUUCUCCCGCGUCGCCUUCAUAGAGUCGGCCUCGGGCUCGGACGCCUCCGGCUCCGACGCCUCCGAGGACGCCGACCACGACGCCGAGCCUCCGCGCCGGGGUCACGGCGAGGAGCGCGGCGAGAAGGGGUUCCCGCUCAAGAGCGUGCUGGCGAUGGAGCUCAAUUGGUACACUAGCCCCGAGGAGGCUGACGACAGCGGCGGCGGCGCUACCUUCGCUUCCGACGUGUAUAGAUUAGGGGUGCUCCUGUUCGAGUUGUUUUGCAGCUUCGAAACGUUGGAGGAAAAGAUGCGGGCAAUGGCCAAUCUGAGGUAUCGCGUGUUGCCGCCACAGUUGCUGCUCAAGUGGCCCAAGGAAGCAUCCUUCUGCCAGUUGAUGAUGCACCCUGUACCGGACACCCGACCCAAGAUGAGUGAGGUGCUACAAAGUGAGUUCCUUAAUCAAUCAAGGAAUAGUUUGGAAGAGCGCGAGGCAGCUCUUCGGUUACGUGAAGAGAUAGAAGAACAAGAACUGCUGCUGGAUUUUCUUCUCCAGUUGCAGAAAAGAAAGCAGGAUAUAGCAGACAAUUUGCAGGACACCGUCGCCUUUCUCUCUUCUGACAUCAAUGAGGUACUCCACCGGCAGUCAGCCCUCGGUCAGUGUGGAAAUUUCUCAAUUGAGUUGGAUAAAGAGGUGUCCUCUGGAACUGUUGAAGAUCAGAGUGACUGUGGAUCCAGAAAGCGUUUCAGACCUGAACUGCACGCUGUUGAUAUGGAGGAACACAGUCGUAGUCUGGAAGAAUGUUCUAGAACAGUGCCAUCAUCUGUGGUAAUUCAGGAAAGUGUGUUGUCAAAAAGCUCAAGGUUAAUGAAGAACUUCAAAAAACUAGAAACAGCAUAUUUUCUAGCAAGAUCCAAGUUGGCAAGGCAAGUUGGCAAUCCACUGAGAAGUUGUGAUCAGGUUGUCAAGAGAACUACUGGUUCAGCUGUUGGAACUGAAGGGAGUUCAAUAGAUGAUUUUGCUUUAGAAGGGCAUUCUGGUAGAAGACAAGGAGGUUGGAUGAACUCUUUUCUUGAAGGAUUGUGCAGGUACUUGUCAUUCAGCCAGUUGAAAGUUCGGGCGGAACUGAAGCAAUGCGAUCUGCUGAACUCAUCAAAUUUAGUAUGCUCUGUAGGCUUUGACCGGGAUAAUGAGUUUUUCGCAACUGCUGGUGUAAAUAAGAAGAUAAAAGUCUUUGAAUAUAAUAUGAUCGUAAAUGAACACCGUGACAUUCACUAUCCUGUGGUUGAGAUGUCUAAUAAAUCAAAAUUAAGUUGUAUUAGCUGGAACAGUUACAUGAAGAGCCAUAUAGCAUCUAGUGACUUUGAUGGUCUCGUACAGGUUUGGGACGUUACUAGGAGCCAAGUUUUCGUUGAAAUGAGGGAGCAUGAGAGACGUGUGUGGUCAGUAGACUUCUCACUUGCAGACCCAACCAAAUUGGUUAGUGGGAGCGAUGAUGGUACUGUGAAGCUGUGGAGCAUGAAUCAGGCUGGGAGUGUUGGCACUAUCAGAACAAGGGCAAAUGUCUGCUCAGUGCAAUUUCAACCUGAUUCAGCUCGCUCCAUUGCAAUCGGCUCUGCAGAUCAUAAAAUUUACUGCUAUGAUCUUCGCAACAUACGGGCUCCUUAUUGUACACUAGUUGGCCACACAAAGACUGUAAGCUAUGUCAAGUAUGUAGAUGCAUCAACCAUAGUAUCUGGUUCCACUGACAACUCAUUGAAGCUUUGGGACUUGUCUACGAAUCAAGCAAGAGUAAUUGACAAUCCAGUUCAAACUUUUACAGGGCAUACAAAUACAAAGAAUUUUGUUGGCCUUUCCAUUUCUGAUGGAUACAUUGCUACUGGGUCAGAAACAAAUGAGGUUUUUGUCUACCACAAAGCAUUUCCAAUGCCAGUCUUGGCGUAUAAGUUCAAUGUCACAGACCCAAUAUCAGGCCAGGAGAUCGACGAUCAAUCACAGUUCAUUUCGUGCGUGUGUUGGAGGGGGCAGUCUUCGACACUUCUUUCUGCUAACUCCAGUGGGAACAUUAAGGUCUUAGAAAUGGACUGACCCUGUACGGAAGGGCGAGUGUGCUGCCUGGUUUCGAGUAGAAAUGGACCGACUUCAGUGACUUGUUAUCAGGGGAAUGUGCAUGUCUUGCUAUUUUAUCCCUUCAAGGCAGAGGUGGGAAUAGGGUACCCCAGAGUUGGGAACUAGUAGGGUGGUAGUGUUAGCUGUAUCAAGAGUUAGCGUAGGAUUACAGGUUAGCGUCAUAGCAAACGUAGCAUAAAUGGUGAAGGUAUUUGAGAUGUUGGGGUGGCCCAAGGGUUUUGUACAUCAUUGGUUUGAGGUAUACUUGUAUAGGCAAUCAAUCCGAGUCUUCGGCUAAUGCUGGCCUUUGGUUGUUGCA